AUGGAAGCUCCAUUCAUAUCUCCAGCCGUAUCCAUUAGCUAUUUUGAUCCAUUUGAGGUCUUUGAGAACGUAAAAGAAGAGUUCCUUGAUUCAAUUCCAUUCAAGAAUGUUCAUUGGAAACCGCCACAUGGAACUGUACGAACAAUAGAAACUUUAGCUGUGAAUCUGAAAAAUGAGUCGAAGUCAGAGGACAACGGAAUAUACCAGCAUAUGCACUUCAUAAGAUUUAUUGUGGUUAAUUGCAUAUCUAUGGAUGAAUACAGAGCGAAGGUACGGCCACUUAUAAGACAAUGGCUGCCAGUUGACGAAGCUCUAGCGUACCGUACAAAUAUUCUUAGGUCUCCAAUGCCACUUGUCUUAUUUUAUUCUAAUUCAGAAGUAGUGGAUUCGAGCCUGUUCAAAACGACUCCUCUGCUGAAUAAGUUAAAUAAGGAUUUUCCUAGUGUAAAAGUGCUAGAGUUGAGAUCGGUCUAUAAAUCACCGCAGGAGAAGAAAGAAUUUUGGAAUCAGUUGAGCGGUCAGUUGAAAAUGCUCGUUCUUAGUAUCUUCUAUCAGAGAUUAACCCACUAUCAAAAAGAACUGGAACAUUUAGGCGAAAAAAUAGAAAACUUCGACAAUGAAUUGCUAUUAAGAGAGAAGCUAGUUGAACUUUAUUUGGCCCUCAACAUGCAUGACCAAGUAAUAGAUCUGUUGAAUUCUAUAGAAAAGAAAGUUGUACCACAUCUCAAAACUGAACUUCCAAAUGGAUAUUUAGACGGUUCUCACGGCAUACUGCAAGAAUCUAGUCCAGAUUAUUAUUUUAUUGGAACAAUGCUGAAAGGUAAAAAACUCACUAAGCUACGAUUCUACAGGUAUUUUUUUGUUAGAAAAUUGGAACUUCAAUUAAAAGGUGACUCGACUACCGUGAAAGUUUUGACAGUGCAUAAGCUGCUGCGCGAUUUCCUAUACAAAAUGGAAACCAUAUUUAAAAAUGACAGUUACUGGCUACAAUUCAAAUACGAAUUUCUUUGUCAAGCAUAUGAGUGUUUACCCACCGAAAACUUGAUGGAAACCAGGGGCGAAGUCCUUCUAUCUAAACGUGAUUGUUGGAUCGAAGGAGUCCAAUCAUGCACCAACUUCAAAUUAGCAAGCAAAAUAUUUCCUGAAAGUAAAAUCACAUAUAAAUUUGAUAAAUUUAAAGAUACUUUUUCCACUGAAGAAGUGUACCAUGAAAACUACCUUAAAUUAACGAAGGAAAUUAUGUCGAUCUACAACAAUUGUGAAGGGAAAAGACAAAGAAUGGUUGAUAUAUUAUUUAUUGAGAUCGGCAAUUUCCAUUACCAAAGGGGAGAGUAUGAAGAGGCAGUCUCUAUUUUCCUUUCGUGCCACGAAUAUUAUACACAAUCAAAAUGGCUUUUUAUCGGAAAGAAUAUAUUGCAAACGUUCAUUAAUUCAUUGAUCAAAUGUCCUCUUAUAACAGAGCUUAUAAUUGAGGGUGAGGCUGUACCUGUUUCUACAAUCCUGAGCAAUGCAUUGCUACAUAUUCUAAAGAUUUCAGAUGAUUAUGAUGAGAAAAAAAAAUGGUGUAAUCAAUUCUUUACCAUACAACAAAAAGAAUCAGUGAGAUUACUUUACCCUAUGGAUGAUUUGCUGAACGUUGUUUUAACUAAUACGGUCUACCUCACAGCUCCUAAUACUUAUGCGAUGGAUAUUCAUAUCGAUAAUCAUGGGAUUCCAAAAGAAAUCGAGGUGGAAACUAUGAAACUUAUCUUGAAGAAUUCAAAUGAUGAUUUUGUGUUUUUUGAAGCAUGUGAAAUCAGUAUUAAUGAGUAUCAAAAGUCCUAUACUUUAAAAUCUAAAAAUGUACGAUUUGGAACCUUUCUUCCAGUUUCUUUUGAGGUUAACACUGGAAAUACCAUAUUUACAAGACAAUUUUCGAACGAAGAUAAAAAUGAGAUAUUUUUACAUCCUCUGUACGAUCCUACAGGUGUGUCUUUUACCAUAAGUGAAGCUAGGGAACUGAAUCUAGAAGAAAAUAAACUUGAAAUUUCAUUCCGGAACAUCGAUAAAACUGAGACGUUUGAUCUAGAGGUUUUUGUACCAAGGAUUGGUAUCCCACCAAGAUCUUCUGUAAGCUUUUCGACGGAUGAGGAUGUUCAUAGUUUCAAAGUCAGUAGCCGAAACCUGCAUCAGAAAAUAACAUAUUAUAUGAAAGACCCAAGAACAUCUUUUGAACUGAACACCAGGCUAUCUUUUGUGAAGAAAGAUUGCACACAGAGAUAUAGCGAAGAGAGAAUAUUUCUUAUCGAGUGCUACCUUCCCGUUUCGGUAUCAGUAGAAGACAUCUUCAAAAGAGACCUAUUUAUAUUCAAGUUCCUCUUAAAUUCCUCAACAUUUGAGGAGCCAAUUAUAUUGCAUUCAUCAAAAUUACUUCCUCCAAAGGAUAUCGAUCACUAUGAAAUAUCGGGCGAAUACAGCCCUGAAUCCCUGAAAUACUUAACAGCAGAUCCAAAUGAAUACUGUCUGAAUUGCUAUCAAAUCAGGACUCCGAAGAGAUACGACCCCGCUGAUAUAUUUCAUUUAGCAGUGUCCUAUAAUACCUUAAAGGAGCAGUUAGACCAACUAGUUACUGAUGCGGUCUUGGUUCAGGGAAAUAUAAAGUGGCAUAGUCAUUUUGAAGUCUGGAAAUCAUUUUGGGAGUAUUUCGUUUUGCCUAAACUUCAAUACGACUACAAUUCUUUUCAACGGAGCUGGUUGAUAAUUCUGACUAAAGGUAGCUUUGAAAUGAAAGAUUUGUUGCAUCAUGUAGAAAAAUUAUCGAUGGGAGACGUUGUUGCUAAUGGAAUGAUUGAUUGCUUGGAAAGAAUUAUUAAUGGUGUGCAAUUAUCAGAAAUUGAUAUUUCUGGAUAUGCAAAAAACCUAGCUACGAGAACUUUAAUUGUCCCCGUACAAAUGCCAAAAGUAGAACACCUCUUCUAUCUUGAGAUUAUAAAGGGUGAUGAUCAACCGUCACACGAAGUCGGAAUGCCCUUACCGGUCAAGAUAAAAAUUGAUAGAGCUGUUGAAAAAUGGGGCAAAACCGAGAGCUUUGGAUCAUUUGUCUUUGAAAUUAUUAACAGUAAUGAAUGGUUAGUUCACGGCAAAAAAAGACUGCUUCUUUUGACAACGUACACUGAACUAGAAAUUGAUAUUAUACCUCUAAAGAAGGGCUACCUGAGCUUUCCUCGAGUUGAGAUUACAAACGUCGACUGUGAUGAGCUUGCAAGAAUUGAUAAUUCAAAUAUUUCUGAGACUAUCUUAGUUCUCUAA